UGUAGAAGAGAAAGAAAAGUGAGUGGUCAAGUGUUAUGAAAACUCCAUAGUAGGUAAUAUAGGUUGGAAAAGUAACAGCUAUUAUUGUUGUAUCUCAUAAUGGAAACUAAACUAACAAUUUUGUUUAAAACUUUUCCUGAGAAGUUGGGGCAUGCCCUUUUUCCAUUAGCAUUAUCUUAUAAAAAGCAUUAGAUCAGGGGCAUGCAUACGUUAUUGUCCAAGCUACAUGUAGUUACAGCCGGUUCAUUUACUAAGGAUGACAGAGGUACCAGUCAAAAAGGAUCAGGAAAGAACUGUUACAGAUAGAAGGAACAUAAAUAGCAUUCGUUUUGCUAUAAUUAUUGAUAAUUGUGGAGAAGCAAAGAUAGAAGAGGAUGGUACUAGAAAAUUGAAUGAGCAAGCAAAAGCUCUUCAUGAAGUGUUAGAAGGUUCUGGGUUUUGUGUCCUUUAUUUGAACAAUCUCAGCUCUGCCACAAUCGAUAAUUUUCUUCGUGCAUUCAAGAAUGAUGUUGAUCAUUCUCAGCUUUCGAUGUUUGCUCUGAUAUUUCUCAGUAAAGGGAUGACCCCUCAGCUUUAUGAUGCCAACAAUACAGUUGUGCCUUUUGAAAAAAUAUUUCAGUAUUUUUAUGAUGAUCAGUCGCCACUGUCAGAAAUCUCGAAAGUCUUUUUCUUUGAUAUAGCUUACCUUGAUGAUGAAAACAAAAGUCAGCCAACUUUGCCCGAUUACCCUAGCAAUUCACUUGCUCUCGCUAUUGCACACAAUGAUCCAGACUUCUCCUUUGCUGUUGAAACUUUGGCGCAAUGUUUUAAUCAAAAGAGUAUUCAAGAUAUUUUUGCAACAAUACAAGAAAUGAAUGGUUCAAAAACUAAGGAGAAUGGCAACAUUGCUGACAAGCUCAUUAUUGAUAAAUUAAAAAACAUUUGUCUUGGUGAUCAUCUGUUGCUUCUUCGCUCACUAUGGUAUCCCAUACGAACUGAAACAGUUGAUGUAAUAUUGAAGAAUAAAGAUGAAGUUAUGUCCAUUGUUAGGAAUGAGAGAUUAGCCAGAAUAGCUACUUCAGUUGCAGGCGCAGUCAUAGGAGGGAGUUUAACUAUUACUGGUAUAGCACUAGCUCCAUUUACAUUUGGUGCUUCAAUUGGAGUAUCUGUAGCUGGUGGUGCUGUUGGAGCAUUGGCCUCUGCUGGUGGCAUUGGUGCUUUUAUAGUUUCUAAAGUGCUAGCUAACAAGCGAUUAAAGUAUGCUCAAGAGCACAUUGUCUUCGAUCAACAGCUUAGCUUAACCAUCAAUGAAGUUGCUAAGAAGCAUGAGAAGGAAGUGCAUGCAAAUAAAUAUACAUCUCCUUAUUCACAAUUUGCUGGUUUUGCUGCUGCUGGGAGUGCCAUGGGCAUUGCUGAUGCUAGUCGUAUUGGUGCUGGUGUUGCAAUUGCAACAGAAGGUGCAGUUGAAGGUGCUGCAUUGGCUCUGCGUACUGGUGGACGUGUUGCUGGGAUGGUAUUAGCUGGAGUCUCAUUAGCAGUGACAGUUCCAUUAGAUGUAGGUUUCAUUGCUUAUCACAGCUAUAAUAUACACAAGUCAAAUAAAGACAAGUCUGGGAGGGCUGACAAUAACAAAGUCAUCAAAUGGCUGAUUAGUCAAGCUGAAGAAAUGCUUAAAGGUAUGUGCAUCAAGAUUGAUGCAAAGAAGCAUGAAAUUACUGGAGGCCAGAUUGCUUUUUGUAAUGGAAUUGAAUAUGGUUAUAAAAUACACAUUCCACUUGCACCAGCCAAUAGUUUUAUCACAGUUCACACUAUAUUCUCUGGUCCUAUUGCUCUACCAGAAGGCUACACUCUUGUCAGUGCCAUGUAUGACAUCAAAUUACCAGUAGGGAUAAAGGAGUCUGCAACCAUUACACUAGACCACUGUGUUGAUGUCAAUGAUGUGUCAAUAGCAAAGGAUCUUUGCUUUGCUACUGCCACACUUGAUAUAAUGAAUAGGGUGCUACCAUUUUCUCCAGUGAGCAAUGAAGGUGUGUUUUGGCCUGGUGAAACUUCUGGAUCGAUCACACGGAAAGAAAGCUGUUUUUUGUGUAUAUUAUAUAAAGGACCAUUGGAGUUAAUGAAAUAUACAGCUUUAGUGCAACAAUUACAAGAGAAUUUUGAUAUUACAUUCUUUAAAAACCUUAAACCUCAUUUAAAGUUCUCUCAGCAAAGACUAUCAAUUGAUUCUGAUUAUUUGUAUCAGUUUCGUUUUGCUACUGUACCAGAUGGUGAUGAGCAAGCUGUUAAAUUAAGCAAUUGUCGUGACAUUAUUGAAACUAAAGGAUGGACUGUAACUCCUAUAGGAGAAAUCCCUCAAACCAUUGAAAAGAAGGAAAUUGAUACUCUUGAGCUCCAACCAAAAGUUUGGAAGUUGCAAAAUGAGAUUUUCCCAACAAUACAUUUUCAUACUGGUUAUAAUGAUGAAAUGGAUCCGCCCGAAGAGCAUCCAUUAGUAAUUGAUGGAAUAGUUCCAGAUAAACCUAUUUUGUUGAAGCGUCCAAGAAGGAUGCAUUAAAGUUAUUUUCUAACUUAUUAUGUAGCGUAUUCUAAUUAUUUUUAUAAAGUUUCUUAUUUUUGCCUUUCUAUACAUGUAUACAUCUUAUUCUUGUUUGAAAUGAUUACACUUUGAUAUAAUUUUAAAACAAAAAUAACGUCAAACUAUUUUAGUACCAUUGUCAACUAAUUAAUUAUUUAUUAGAUGAUGAUGAUGUGUUCUUCCAUUGCUUCUUUAGUUUCUCCCAGUAUUCCUUAACAUUAGGAAACUGUGAUGGAAAUGUUUGUUGUAAGUAAACUCCUGCUAUACCGCCCAUGGUGAACCCUAGGAGGAGAUUCUUGUUGAAAUUAGCUAGCACCACUCCAGAGAGGAAAGCUGCUACUACAUUUGGCUGCAAUAAAGGCUCCAAUUCUUUCUUUGAAAGGCCAUCUUCACCUUUACCACCUUCCGCCAUUUUAACCA